AUGACGGAGUACAAGCUGGUGGUGGUGGGCGCAGGUGGCGUGGGGAAGAGUGCCCUAACCAUCCAACUCAUCCAGAAUCACUUUGUGGACGAGUACGACCCCACCAUUGAGGACUCAUACCGGAAGCAGGUGGUCAUUGACGGGGAGACGUGCCUGCUGGACAUCUUGGACACAGCGGGGCAGGAGGAGUACAGCGCCAUGCGGGACCAGUACAUGCGCACAGGGGAGGGUUUUCUUUGUGUGUUUGCCAUCAACAACACCAAGUCCUUUGAGGACGUCCACCAGUACCGAGAGCAGAUCAAGCGGGUGAAAGACUCAGAUGAUGUGCCCAUGGUGCUGGUGGGGAACAAGUGUGACCUGCCUGCCCGCACCGUGGAGUCUCGGCAGGCCCAGGACCUGGCCCGAAGCUAUGGGCUUCCAUACAUCGAGACCUCCGCCAAGACUCGUCAGGGCGUGGAGGACGCCUUCUACACUCUGGUGCGGGAGAUCCGGCAGCACAAGCUGAGGAAGCUGAACCCCCCAGAUGAGAGCGGGGCUGGAUGCACCAACUGCAAGUGUGUGCUGUCCUGACGUCAAGCU